GUCUGAUUUGCGCUCUCGCGGACCCUGGUUCGCUGGAAUUUCGAUGUCAACUUGACCCUGAACGCGACCGACGAAAUUGAUCCCGCGACUGUCUCAAGAACAAACCCUCUUAGCAACCAACUCAACCGUAUACACGAGCGCAUAACCAAGCCGACCUCGACGUACUUUACGAAAAUCCCAAGCGACAAAUAACCGCUCCCCUCGAACGGCAUCAUCGCAUCGCGCCCCCUUUUCGCACAAACCCCCUUUAAACCACGAUGGCUUCCCAACUCGAAUCCUUCAGCAAGUGGCUGCAGCUCAAGAUCUACCAGCUGGAGGUGACUUACAGCGUGUACAUCUACACGCCGAUCGAGAAAUUCAUCUUCUACUCCGUCCUCUUCCUCCUCUUCUCCCUCACCUUCAUCGCCACCGUGCUCUACCUCCCGCAGCACCUGCAGUUCAUCAUCAGCCGCGCCUGGUUCUACAUGCACGGCGACGCGUUCGACCCCUCGGCGGCGGCGGCGACGGCCAAGGGCGCGGUGAGCCACGUGCUGAGCUCGGUCGUGGGCACGGCGGCGGCGGUGACGGCGGAGUCGGUGAAGGAGCUUUGAUUUCUGGGUUUUUGGGUUUGGGUUUGGUGAUCGGGGAGGGGGUGGAUUGGGGGUUGUGGUGGGAGAUGGAGGAAACGGG